AAGCUAAAAAACCUGUAGACAAGUAUAAAAGGUAUGGCGAAAGGAAGUUUAACAAUUAGUAGUUUGUUGUAGUACUUUAGUGCAUCAUCGACUGAUUUAACAUGACGGACAAGAAGCAGAAUAUUUUGCUCCUGUUCGACAGGCCGCAAGAACCUGUUUUCAUGGUGAAAGGUGACAAGAAGGCUCAGUUUGAUGUUCCACAAGAAUAUCUGAGGGACAAAUAUAAAAGUCUUGGUGACUCCACCAUCCAAAGCAGAUUCGGUGCGGACGCUGGGGAGAAAAUACAAGUGAACCGAAUAUCGAUUCCACCAUUGGGGGAAGUGGAGGAGCUACCUCAAGACUCCAACUUCUCCUUGUUCCUGCCAAGACACCGACAACUGGCCGGCCAACUAAUCGACGUAUUCUUAGGUGUGAGGAACGUGGACGACCUGUUGGCGGUGGCCAUUUACGCCAGAGAACGAGUUAACCCGUACCUCUUCAACUACGCGUUGUCCGUGGCUCUGUUACACAGGCCUGACACCCAAGACCUGGACCUGCCCGCCUUCAUCCAAUCGUUCCCGGACAAAUACGUAGACAGCAAGGUGUUCCAGAAGGCACGCCAGGAGGCCACGGUGGUACCGGAAGGGCAACGCGCCCCCAUUGAAAUACCCAUCGACUACACCGCCUCAGACUUGGAAACGGAACAUCGGCUGGCCUACUUCCGCGAAGACCUGGGCAUUAAUUUGCACCACUGGCAUUGGCACCUGGUGUACCCUUUCGAAGCUGCCCGCGAGAUCGUCGACAAGAAUCGCAGGGGGGAGUUGUUUUAUUACAUGCACCAGCAGGUCGUGGCCCGCUACAACUUCGAGAGGUUGUGCAACAAGAUGAAACGUGUGGACCGCUUCAUCGACUGGAACCAGCCGAUCAAAGAGGCCUACUUCCCCAAACUGGACAGUUUGGUGGCUUCGAGGUCGUGGCCCGCACGUGUCGCCAAUCAGAGGCUGUCCAAUUUGAAGAGGGAGUCGGACCAGGUGGUUGUGGAUAUAGACGAUCUGGUGCGUUGGAGGGAUCGUAUCUUCGACGCCAUUCACUCAGGAGUUGCCCAAGGGGAAAAAGGGCCGGUCCAACUGACGGAAAACGAAGGCAUUGAUGUGCUGGGGAACAUGGUGGAGUCCAGCAUUUUGUCUCCGAAUCGUGGGUUCUACGGCGACUUGCACAACAUGGGUCACGUCUUCUUGUCCUACAUUCACGACCCGGAUCACAGACAUUUGGAGUCGUUCGGAGUAAUUGGGGACUCUGCCACCGCCAUGAGGGAUCCCAUCUUUUACAGGUGGCACGCCUACAUCGACUACAUCUUCCAAGAGCACAAAAGCACUUUACCUCGUUAUACUGAGGCUCAGUUGGGUAAUCAAGGAGUAACGGUAACAGACAUCUCGAUCCAAAGUGAAGGUACUCCAAAGAAUACCUUCUCCACCUUCUGGCAACAAUCGGACGUCGACUUGUCCAGAGGCAUGGAUUUCCAACCCAGAGGGGCGGUGUUCGUACGUUUCACUCACCUCCAACACAGGAACUUCACCUACAACAUCGUGGUGGAGAACAAAUCGAGCGGCAACAAACAAGGAACUUGCAGGAUUUUCAUCAGCCCCAAGUUCGAUGAAAGGGGCAACCCUUGGCAAUAUCGGGAGCAACGCCACAUGUUCGUGGAGUUGGACAAGUUCAAAGUCAAUCUCAAGCAGGGCAAGAACAUGAUAACGAGAAGCUCCACCCAAUCAUCGGUGACGAUCCCCUUCGAGAGGACCUUCAGAGAUUUGGACACGAGCAGGCCUCAAGGAGGCCAGGCCUUGGCCCAGUUCAACUUCUGCGGUUGCGGCUGGCCGCAGCACAUGCUCAUACCGAAAGGUGCACCUGAGGGAGUGGCUUGCCAGUUGUUCGUCAUGAUUUCCGACUACAAGGACGACAAAAUAGAACAGAACACCGAGGGAGUUUGUAACGACGCCGACAGUUACUGCGGCAUCAAGGAUAAGCUGUACCCGGACCGUAGAUCCAUGGGUUACCCGUUCGACAGGGAACCGAGAGAAGGGGUGGACACACUGCAGCAGUUCCUGACGCCCAACAUGCGCGUGCAAGACUGCACCAUCCGUUUCGAGAACAGGACCUUCAAGCCCAGAAAUAAUUGAAUGUAUAUUCGCAUUGUUUUAUUGAUUAAAUAUAUAUAAAUAAGCACAUUGUCAAA